UGUUUAGUUUGACAAAUAAACGCGAUAACAUGUGCUGUGUUGGUAUAUAAGGUCGCCACUGAUGUUAAUCACUAAUUAAUGUGUAUUUUAAAAAUUGACUUGAGAUGUGUUUUGAAAUAUAUAAUAUAAGAAAUUCCUAAGUAAACUAGAAAAAUGCUACCUGGAUACGGAGCUGUGACACAAGCCCUUUUGGGUACGCUCCUAACGUGGGGGUUGACUGCCGCUGGGGCCGGCUGUGUCUUCUUUAUUCGAGGAAAACAUAGGAAAGUACUGGAUGUCUCACUGGGAUUCGCAGCAGGUGUAAUGACGGCAGCAUCUUAUUGGUCUCUUUUAGAACCAGCUAUUGAAAUGUGUAAAGAAUCUGGAAUGUAUGGUGAUGAAGGACAGUUUGCAUUCGUACCUGUUGCUGUGGGAUUCUUAUUUGGAGCUAUAUUUGUUUUUGGUACAGACCGGUUCCUGGAUUAUCUAGGAAUAAGUUCAACAAAUAUGAUGAUAAGUAUAACAAAGAGCAAAGAUUCCAAGGAAAAGCUCGAAGACUUGGAAAUGAUGACGGCAUUGAACCGCCGAUCAUCGAAUCCAACAGUUGUUACGAUGGAGGCACCUCAGCCAGUUGAGUUUGCAGAUUGCAUCUCUAACCAGCAUACGGCUCAAAGAAGAAGACACCAUCACUCACAACAUUCACUUAAAAAUGGCGAAGUUGGUGAAGGUGAUAGAAGAGACAGUGUUAUGCGGUCACUAGAAGCACGCCAGUCUCAGUGGAAGAGGAUAAUGCUUCUAGUAGUGGCCAUCACAGUCCAUAAUAUACCAGAAGGUUUGGCUGUUGGUGUGGCCUUUGGAGCAUCUGCAUCAUCCAGUAAAGCCUCAUUUCAUAGUGCCAGAAACCUGGCGCUAGGCAUUGGCAUCCAGAACUUCCCUGAAGGACUAGCUGUGAGCCUGCCUCUUCAGUCAGCUGGCUUCUCAGUAUGGAGAGCCUUCUGGUAUGGACAGCUAUCAGGUAUGGUGGAGCCAGUCUUCGGGGUUUUAGGCGCUGUGGCUGUUGGAUAUGCGCAACCAGCUCUGCCUUACGCACUGGCCUUCGCCGCGGGUGCCAUGAUAUACGUAGUAGCUGAUGACAUCAUCCCUGAGGCGAAUGCGUCGGGUAACGGCAAGUUGGCUACGUGGGGCUGCAUCAUCGGUUUCCUGGUGAUGAUGUGUUUAGACGUAGGCCUUGGAUAAUGAAACAAAUAUACAAUCACGCUGUGCCUUUCACGUCUUAUUCAUUUGAGAGUAUACGUAAAUUUUUGACAUGUUUUUAGUUUGACAAUGUAAAAAUAAAUCUUAGUGCUGCACAUCGCUUUAAAAACAUCAGGGGUAUGUUCGACGCAGUAAUUUUGUUUACCAUAUCAUCGUCGUUAAAAAAAAAUCUGUUGAGCUAUUCAGUUUAUUACUGCAAAUUCGAAUAUUUUCGAAGUAUGAAUAGUCAAAGUUAGUGCGUAUAAGAGUAGGCAUUGACGUCAGAAGGUAUUUGGCUUUUAGAACCUAAAAAUACAACCUAUUGUAGGACUCUGUAUUUCUUCGUCUUUCGUUAAUUACCUCAGUAUACGCACUGUUUUCUGAACACUACUCUCGUUAGUGCUUUGGGUAAGAUUCAGAAACGAGUACGUAAAUUUUUGGAUUUUAAUUUAGGAAGAGAUAGUACGCGCUGGUUUCUAAAUAUCACCGAAAGAGUACAAUAUAUGUAAAGUUGAUGUAGAAAAUGAUUACAAUACAUUUUGCAAUAGAAUUCGCUAAUGAGAAUGAGGUUCUAAACUACAAUAUAUAGUUUUAGUACGUUGUUUUCUCAAAUGAAUAUAUUUCGAGUGUGCUAAUGGAUUGAUUUGCCAAAUGUUACUGUAUAUAGUAUAUAGGUACUAGCUUAUUUAUAAACGUACUUAAUCUUUUAUUAUAUUAGCAAUAGAUUUGAUUAUUUAAUGCUCAUGGUACGUUUAUCAAUAAGUAAAACAAAAGAUGGCGCGAUUCGUUUGUUUGUGAUUGGUUGAAGGGAUCGUGUCGCGUUGAUUGGUCUACAUUGACCAAUCAAAACGCGCCAUCAUUUUGCUUACAUUCUCGUAACGUUAUUAAAAGUGUUAUUGUAAAAAUAUGAAAGUAUUCUUUGAAAUUAGACUUAUUUUCUGAUUUAUUUGACGUUAGCUGUAAAUAGCUGGAAUAAGAGAUUUAUAUUUAUUUUAUAGAAUUUAUAUGCGAUUGAUAUGAUGUGUACCAUCUGGUUGCGUUUAAUACCUAUUCGUACAAAGUACUUAUUGUAAUUUAGUCGUUUAAUGUAUUUUUAACGAAUUUGUUAUGUAAUUAAAAGUUAAGUAUACAGCA